GUCAGGUACCUUCUAAACUCUUCAUUUCUUCUUGACGCGAGCUUUUAUCAAUUGCGACCAAGCUAUGAUCAAUCAGAAACUGAUAGAGGCUUCUCAAUUUCUUUGCUGCUGCAGAUUGAGCAUCCAGUUCGACAGUUAGACGAGCGACUGGUGUGCAAAGUUGGCUCGAGUACGGUUCGAGUCCCUUUGUGUAUCAGCUAAUUCAAUUAUGUAGCUUGUUGUCCUGUUUGCUAUCACACCACCGCUUCAAUUAAAAAACACAAACACUUUCUCAUCUGGUUUUGUCCCAUCAAGCAAAAGGAGAAAUACAGUGUGCAUCUAGGAGAAGAUCGAAUGGAUUGCAACAGCAAUCAACCAACAAUGCAUUUCCCAAUAAGCAUCAAUCAAGUUGAAUUGCUCAAUGGACUGAAUUUAAAAAAGUGGAAAGGAGACAUAGAACUCAACCUGGGAAUAUUGGACUUUGAUCAUGUGCUUAGAGAAGAUCCACCUGUUGAACUAACAGCAACGUCAUCAAAGGAAGCCAAAGAUAGGUACCUGCUGUGGCACAAACACAACAGGAUGGCACUGAUUUGUAUGAAAAAGAGCAUGACUGAUGCUGUCAAAGGAGGUAUACCAGAUUCUGAAUUUGCCAAAGUGUACUUCAAUUCAAUUGCUGAGAAGUACAAGGUUUCUGACAAGGCUGAGGUUAGCACACUGAUGAACGCACUGACUGGGAUGAAAUUUACUGGACAAGGAAGCAUAAGGGAGUAUAUUAUGAAAGGGAUUGAUAUUGCUGCAAAACUGAAGAGCCUGAACAUGAAUAUUGAUGAUCCUUUUCUGGUGCACAUGCUACUGAAUUCUUUCCCAGAUCAAUAUAGUCACCUAAAGAGCCUCUAUAACACACAGAAAGAAAAAUGGAGUCUUAAUGAGUUGAUUUCCAUUUGUGUGCAGGAAGAAGAUGAAAUGCUCAAAAGGGGAAAGGUAGUGAGCAUUAACUACAUUGUAAAACCAAAGAAUAAAAAAACCUUUGGCAACAAGAACUUUAAGGCCAGUUCAUCAAAAUCUGUUGUGAAGACUGAUCUGUACAAAAACAAGUCUGUCAAAACAAAUGGUCCAAUGAAAUGUUUCUUCUGCAAGAAAUCCGGUCAUUUCAAGAAGGACUGUGAGGGUUUUAAAAAUUGGCUGAACAAGAAAGGGAUUAUCAAGCAAAACAAUCCUAAACAAGAAUGAAACAAGGGUAUGCACUGCAAGUGGCCAAAGGGUGGCAGUUCAAGAUGUAGGAAGUGUCAAAUUAGUAUUUAGGAAUAAGUAUGUUCUGGUAUUAGAUAAUGUGUAUUGUAUUCCCUCAAUAAAGAGAAACCUCAU